AUGAGCAACAUGCUGGGGGCUCGCUGCCGCCUGGGCCUCCUGCAGGUGGUCCUGGUGCUCUUCGCCGCCGUGCUCCUCGUCGCCGCCGAUGCCGGCGUGACGAGCGAGUACCGGCGGAAGCUGGAGGCGACGGUGGAGAUGCCACUGGACGCCGACGUCUUCCGCGUCCCGCCGGGGUACAAUGCCCCGCAGCAGGUGCACAUCACGCUGGGCGACGAGGAGGGCACGUCGAUGAUCGUGUCGUGGGUGACGGCCAACGAGCUGGGCAGCAGCACCGUCAUGUACAGCGAGGCCUCGCCGGACCCGGAGAAGAUGGAGCUCUGGGCUGAGGGCACCCACACGCGCUACGACUACUUCAACUACACCUCCGGCUUCAUCCACCACUGCAACCUCACAAACCUCAAGUAUAGCACCAAGUACUACUACGCCAUGGGGUUCGGCCACACGGUGAGGAGCUUCUGCUUCACCACGCCUCCCAUGCCGGGUCCUGAUGUGCCCUUCAAGUUCGGUCUCAUUGGCGACCUGGGCCAGACAUUCGACUCCAACACGACGCUGUCGCACUACGAGUCCAACGGCGGCGACGCGGUGCUGUACGUGGGCGACCUCUCGUACGCCGACAACCACCCGCUGCACGACAACACCCGGUGGGACACGUGGGCGCGGUUCGUGGAGCGCAGCGCGGCGCACCAGCCGUGGGUGUGGACGGCGGGCAACCACGAGCUGGACCUGGCCCCGGAGCUGGGCGAGCCCGCGCCGUUCAAGCCCUUCGCGCACCGCUACCCGACGCCGCGCCGCUUCGCGCCGGCGGCGACGCCGUUCUGGUACUCGGUGCGGAUCGCGUCCGCGCACGUCGUCGUGCUCGCCUCCUACUCCGCGUACGGCAAGUACACGCCGCAGUGGGAGUGGCUGCGGGCCGAGCUGGCGCGCGUGGACCGCGCCGCCACGCCGUGGCUGAUCGUGCUCGUGCACUCGCCGUGGUACAGCAGCAACGGGUACCACUACAUGGAGGGCGAGACGAUGCGGGUGCAGUUCGAGCGCUGGCUCGUCGCCGCGAAGGCCGACCUCGUCGUCGCUGGACACGUCCACGCGUACGAGCGCAGCCACCGCGUGUCCAACGUCGCCUACGACAUCAUCAACGGCCGGUGCACGCCCGUCCGGAGCAGGGACGCGCCCGUGUACGUCACGGUGGGCGACGGCGGCAACAUCGAGGGCAUCGCUGAUAACUUCACGCAGCCGCAGCCGGGCUACUCGGCGUUCCGGGAGGCCAGCUUCGGGCACGCCACCUUGGAGAUCAGGAACCGGACGCACGCCUACUACGCGUGGCACCGCAACCAGGACGGCGCCAUGGUCGUCGCCGACGGCGUCUGGUUCACCAACAGGUACUGGAUGCCCACCGACGACGACACCAACUGA